UUCCGCGUCCUGACAUUACGGCUAAAAAUGCAGUUACAGCUUCUUUUUCAAAGAGAAGAAUGUGGCAAGGAUAACCAAUUUGAUGUAAUUUAUAAGAGCUACCGGGAGGGGUGAAGCGAAGUGGUUUGAUUGGCUAAAAGCUGAGUCCGAUCGAACAGCCAAUAGGAAAGCGAAAAGCAGACUCUUCGUUUGCAUCUUGUACUACGAGGAAAUGACGGCCUUGUUCCUCAGGUUCAGAGCCUCCCACGACCUCACGAGUCGGGGGAAGUAGAGACUACAGUUCCCGAGAACCCUCAGGACACCACGUGGUGGCGGCCCGGUCUAUCGCGUAGCGAGGACUCCAUUUCCCAGCGUGCCUCAGGACGCGAAGUCUACGUUUCGCCCGGAACUUCAGGAGUCCGGCCCUGAAUGGGAGCUGCGGUAGCGAAGACUGAGUGCAAGCUGAUGCUGAGUGGGCAGCUGGUCGGAAGCCUGUUCUCCAUGGCUGGCCGCGUCUGUGUGUCCCGGGGCGGCGCCAGAUCAGGGGCCAUCGGUCCCGUCGAGGCCGCCAUUCGCACAAAGUUGGAGCAGGCGCUGAACCCCGAGGUCCUGGAGCUGCGUAAUGAGAGCGGCGGCCACGCGGUCCCACCAGGCAGUGAAACCCAUUUCCGCGUGGCCGUGGUGAGCUCUCGUUUCGAGGGACUGAGCCCCCUGCAACGGCAUCGGCUGGUCCACGCGGCGCUGUCAGAAGAACUGGCUGGGCCGGUCCACGCCCUGGCCAUACAAGCGCGGACCCCUGCCCAGUGGAGGGAGAACCCUCAACUGGACACGAGCCCCCCCUGCCUGGGCGGGAGCAAGAAAACUCGAGGAACUCCCUGAACCCUGAGAGAGAGGGAGGACCGGGAUCGAAACGGGUUGGGUGAGAAUAAACUACUGGGACCUUCUUCCCUUCAAUACAGUCUGGUAUUUGUAAGAGUUGAGGACCUGGGCCCCAUUCAACCGGCAUAUACAGGUUCUCUGGAGACAGCAAUUCAUUUCACAUCAAGGUCAACCUAAGGAAAGCAGACAAUCACUCACUACUGCUCUUGCCCUGGACUAUUAAGGAAAAGCUGCCCAGUUGUUUCGUGUUAAAUUGUGACUUAAGGAACCACCAGACCUUAUGAGUUGCAAGUAAUCCUGUACAUUAAAAGAGAAAUUAUCAUAUGAGGUGAAUUGCUGUGUUGUUAAAGGCCUGUUGAACCAGUGCUACAGAUGUUCUUGGGAGAAGAAAGAUACUUGAGGCCUAGCAUAGUCAGGAAGGGCUUCAUUAAACCAGAAAGGAAAGGAAAGUUGUUGCAGGCAGGGGGAAGAACCCAAGCAAAGGCGUAGAAGCUGGACUGGGCAGAGAGUUAUUGGACAAGACAGCAGUUACAGACACAUUUGAACUUCAGACUUGGGGAAUGUUUGGCUUUCUAUCAACCUGUCCAUUUCCAAAAGGAUUUACAUUUGUUCGUGAGAAAAAAAAACUUUAAAAAAAAAAAACCACUAAAGCAGUGAAAAGAUUAUAAUCUGGGAAGUAAGUAUAGAAGGGGGAGAAAACUUUACAUAGCCCUUUUUCUUAUGAGCCUUCCAAAUGUCAUAAUUUUGAGGGAAGCUAAGGUAAUGUCUAGAUAAGCAGCUUUCUGAUGAUCUCAAUAUGGAGAUGGAACUUAGACAGUAAAGAGAAAGCUUGGUUAACAUGUAUCAACUGUUUCUGGCUAAAGAGUUUAGACUGCAUCUGGUUGGGCAGUAGGGAGUCAUUGAAGGGUGUUGAGGAAAGGAUGCCAAAGAGCAUUUUGGGGCAGAUUGAUCUGGCAGUGAUGUGUAAGUGGGUUGGCAUAGGAAAUAGGAGGCACAGAGAUUAACCAAUGGUGCAGGCAGAACCCUGACCUAGAGGUCAGCUGUUGAAAUGGAAAGGAAGGAGUUGAUUUGAGAGUGACCAUUUUUAAAAAGUCAGAAAACGGCUUGAUUAGAACAGAAAUGGACUAGAGUGAGAGGAGCGUCAAUGGUAAACCUCAGGCAGUACUUUUCAGAUUUCCUCACAGAUAAAAAUUCCCACGGGAGCUUGUUUAAAAUGUGGAUUCUAGGUCAACUCUCUUCCAAAAAAAGAUUCUGAUUCCACAAGUCAGGAAUGGAAUCUGGAAUCUACAUUUUUAAAAAACACACAAGGAUUUGGAGGAAAGUUGGUUCUAUUCUCAAGAAAUAUUACUCCAAGUUUUUGUUUAUUUGUAUUCAUUUUUGGAGUUCUUAGAUUUUUUAAAUGUUUUUGUAAAUAUUAUUUUAUUAUGGCAAAAACUCUUGAGAUCUGUCCUCUUAACAAUUUUUUUUAAGUGUACAAUCAAUACAUUAUCACUGACUAUAGGUACAAUGUCAUACAGCAGAUCUCUAGAGCUUAAUCAUCUUGCUUAACUGAAGUUUUAUGCCUGUUGAUUGGCAACUCCCCAUUCCCUUCUCCCCCAGCCCCUAGUAACCAACAUACCACUCUGAUUCUAUUUGACUAUUUUAGAUAAAGUGGAAUCAUGCAU